AUAACCAUCAAAUGGAUCAUAAGGAAGUUGCCAACCAUGAAUGUAGGGAUGUUAGACUUGUUCAAACAAUCAAUCAUGCUAAACUUGUUUCUCUGGAUAUUAUAUGGUCUAUCCAUAUUCAAGAAUCAACCAUUGUUAAGCUUGUUCAACUUUUGCUGCAAUAUCAAAUUGUUUGA